AUGUCUACUACGGAUAACUGGAUUAAAUUAUAUCGAUGGUGGCAAGAACAUUUAAAAACUCGUUUUAGUUCACCAACAGUCAUUGAUGAUCAUCAAUAUUUAUUACAACGUCGUCCUUCAUUGAAAAAUUCACAACUAAUAAAAAUUAAGAAACGUUCAUCCUAUGGUGAAAUUGAUCAACGUCAGCUUGGAAAUAACGAUUUUCGACAUGUACGUGAUAGCAUCCGAGGAAAGAAUCCUCUAACAACACGAAUUACACCAAUAAUUAUAACUAAUAAAAGACAUCAAUUUCGGCGAUCAACAACAUAUGAUAUAUCAUCGGAAGAAAUUGAAUCUAAUGAAAAUAAAAUAAUCCCAACCAAAAUAACAUCAAUGAAUAAAAAACGUACUCAAUAUUCACGGCGAUUAUCACUUGUUAAAUUUGAAUUAUCAUCUGUCAAUUCAAAUGGAACCAAAGAUGAACAAAAACCUACAGUUCCAUCUUGUAGUCCUAAUCUUAUUCAAAAAUUACUCUUCAGACAAUUUAGUCCAAAAACUCGUCCUUAUGCAAUUGGUGUUUCUUCUGAUGAUAAUGUAUCAACAACAAUUCUCACAAAUGAACAAUCUCCUAAUCGACGACGAACAAAUGUUUUAAGUAAAAAACAAUCAUGUGCUAGUUUAACAUCGGCAAAUAAUUCGAAACAAAAUGGUGGUGAAACAUUAUUAGUACCAUUAUUUAAUAAAGCAUUAUCAAAAAGUCAACAAUCUGAUUUAAAUUCUUAUUUAUCAAAACGUCGUAAUACAACUGGAAGUAUAUCAUUUAAUAAAGUUGUUGAUGUUAAAAAUAUUUCCAAUGGAAAUAAUUUAAAAAUAACAUCAGCUAAUAAUUCAAAUAAUAAAAUUUCAACUGAAAAUAUUUUUCAAACAGUUGAAGAAUCGGAUUUUCUUGGAACGAAACAUUUAAUUCAAACAAAUGAAAAUAUUAUUAAUUCAUAUAAUGAUUAUGAUUGGUGUCCGUUGGAUAUAGCUAUUAUGCUUAAUAAUAUUCCAAUGGUACGACUUCUUUUACAUUAUGGUGCUAAUGAAAGUGAAAAAAUUCAACCAGAAGAAAUUCGUUAUCAAAGUGUUUGUCAACAAUUAUCAAAUCUUUCUGAACAGAUUUGUGAUGAAUCAAUAAAAAAAUAUUCAUCAAAUCGAUUAACACCAGAUGAUGCAUCAUUACGUCGUUUAUCACCAUCAUCCGACAAACAACAUCGUCAUCGUCGUACUAGUAAAAGUCAAUUACACUAUCAAUUAAAUCAACAACGUUCAUUAAUGUUAUCACAAAUGAAAGAUAAUUAUGAACAAGCAGAUAUUCCGGAUGCACCAACAAAUGUUCGUUUAAUGGUAACUGGUUCCGAUAAUAUAACAGUAACAUUUGAUGAACCACUUCGAUCAAAUGGAGUUAUGGUUAUUAAAUAUAAAAUUGAAUGGAGUUUUGAUGAAUAUUUUCAUGAUAUAUCAUUUGAUAUAAUUAAAAAUUGUUUUCUACGAGAAUAUAUUAUUCGAAAUCUUCCUGUUGGACAAAAAUGUUAUGUACGUGUAUCAGCUGGAAAUAUGAAAGGUUUUGGUCAAACAGUUCUUGCUAAUCCACCUUAUUGUGUACCAUCGAAUUGGCGUGAAUUUUCCAAAACAUCACGUACAAAUAUAUGUGAUUUACGUUUUGAAGAAAUUCUUAAUAAAAUACUCACUGAACGUGAACGAGAAGGAAAUGAACCAAAUGAAACACCAAAUAUUAGAAAUCGUCGUCGAAGUUAUGGAAAUCUUCGAAAAAAUCUUCGUCAGUUAUUUCAAUUCUAUCCUCGAUUAGCAAGAUCAAUGAAACGAGGUCUUUAUUUAGUAUCAGUCAUGGUAAAUGGUGAUCGAAUAUUAGUAACAAAUGAAGAUGUUUUACCCAUGGUUGAAGUUGAUGAAAAUUAUGGUCAUAAUUUAUUAGGAGAUUUUCAAUGGUUUAUGAAAUUAACAUUUGUUUGGGAUGAUUUAAAAAAUUUAAGACCUGAUUUAGAACGAUGUUUAAGUGUAACAUCAUUUUAUUUAAGAAUUAAACUUGUUCAAGCAGCAAUUGAACUUCAAACAUUAGAAGAAAUAAAUAAUCUUGGUCGUCUUCAUCAUACUUAUAUUCGUGAUAAUGAUGGUAAUGUAGCAUUUAUAUUAAUCAAUGAUUUAUCAUCGGAUACACGUGCAAAUAUUUGUCCAUCAAAUUUAAAAUGGAUAACAAUGACAAAAUUUUUUGAAACAAUCAAAGAAUCAACAAAUAAUUCUUGUCUUCAACAAAUAACUGAAAAACUUCCAAAUAUGAUUGAUUUUUAUCAUGCAUCAAUGCGUCGUCUAGAUUCUGGUUUAUAUGUUGCAUAUUUAAAAAUGCAAAAUAGUGUCGAUUCUGUACGUGUUAUGGUUAAUAAAUUUAUGCCCGGUUCAUUACCAUGUACAAAAAUACGUUCAAUUGCAAAUGUAUCUCGAGAUGAAUGGGAAUGGUUACAUAAUAAUAAUAAUGAAAGUUCAACAGAUGAUGAAUCUUCAGAUAAUAGUCUUGAAUUAUUUAAAACUCAAUUUCGUCAUGCAGCAAAAGAAUUAUUUAUUAUACUUAAUCUUCCUGAAACCCAUUUUUCAAAUAGUCGAAUAUAUGAUUCACAAGUUGUAGAAAUACGUGAUGAUUUAUCAUUAAUUAUUUUAAUGUCAACAGCUGAUGAAGUUAAUAUACUUUCUGCACCUUCCAAUCAUUCAUUUUCAUCAUUUAUUUAUUUACCUUUAUAUAUUUUUGAAGUUUUGCAACAUUUAAGUAAUAAUUAUCGUUUCAUAUGUCAAUAUAGUCGUGUAUCAAUUUGUCUUGAUUUUGAAUUAAUUUGUGCACAACAAAAUCAACGUGAAGCAUUUUCAAUCAAUGAAUUAGAUGAAACACGUUAUCGUCUUAAUCAUUUAUUAUCUUGUCAACAAGAUCUUGAUGAUAUAUGGCGUUUAUCACGUUGGCUUGUACAUGUUAUAAAUUGUGCGAAAGAUAAAACAUAUUCUGGUAUAUCACUUAAAUCAUUUCAAUCAUCAACAAAUUUUAAUCAAAUCAAAACUGAUGUACAAUUAUUUCAAUCAGAAAAUUAUUCAAUGAAAAAAAGUGAUAGUGGUUUUAUAGAUAUUGAUGAUCAUUCAAUUGAAUUAACAUUUUAUAUAUCAUUAUUAUCAUCAAAUACAUAUAAUCCAUUUAAAAUUCGAUUAAAUAAAAUGACAAAAUUAAAUGAUAUUUUACAAAUUAUUUUAAAAGAACAAGAAAAACAUUUUUUUCAAUUAAAUUCAUCAAUAAAUUUUGUUUGGAUACGUUCAAAUGGACGGGAAUAUAUAAUUGAAGAAAAUUUAACAGCUUACGAUAUACAAAAACGUCUUGGAAAUUUUGGUGGACAAAUUUAUUUACGUGCAAAAGAUUUAUCAAUAGGACAUUCGUCACAAUCCAUUGAAAAAACACCAUGGUUAUUUGCACCAACAUCAGAGACACAUUCAGGAUUACCUGGAUCAAAUUUAAGCUUAAAUAUUUAA